GAUGUGCUGAGGCUGGAGUAGCCACCAUUUUGCAUGUCUAGUGUGUUCCUCCCUCCAUUGCUAAUAGAGACGAUUCCAGUCAUUUUCUGGCAUCACUACGGCUAAGAAUGCCAGCUCCGAUCAGACUGCGGGAGCUGAUCCGGACUAUCCGGACAGCACGGACCCAGGCAGAGGAGCGUGAGAUGAUCCAGAAAGAGUGUGCAGCCAUCCGCUCGUCCUUUAGAGAGGAAGACAACACAUACCGUUGCAGAAAUGUGGCAAAGCUACUUUAUAUGCACAUGUUGGGCUACCCGGCACACUUUGGGCAGCUGGAGUGCCUGAAGCUCAUUGCGUCCCAGAAGUUCACUGACAAACGGAUAGGUUAUUUGGGAGCUAUGCUGCUGCUGGAUGAGAGGCAGGACGUCCACCUACUAAUGACAAAUUGCAUUAAGAAUGACUUGAAUCACAGCACACAAUAUGUGCAGGGCCUGGCCUUGUGCACUUUGGGCUGCAUGGGUUCCUCAGAAAUGUGUCGUGACCUGGCAGGGGAGGUAGAGAAGCUGCUCAAAACAUCAAACUCCUACUUGAGGAAAAAAGCGGCGUUGUGUGCAGUUCAUGUCAUCAGGAAGGUUCCAGAACUUAUGGAAAUGUUCCUUCCAGCCACAAAAAACCUGCUGAGCGAGAAGAAUCAUGGUGUUCUUCAUACAUCGGUUGUCCUCCUCACUGAAAUGUGUGAAAGAAGUCCUGACAUGCUGGCCCACUUCAGAAAGAAUGAGAAGCUGGUUCCACAGUUGGUGAGAAUCCUGAAGAACCUAAUCAUGUCUGGAUACUCUCCUGAGCAUGAUGUGUCAGGCAUAAGCGACCCUUUCCUGCAGGUGCGGAUAUUGAGACUACUGCGAAUUUUAGGCAAGAGUGAUGACGACUCCAGUGAAGCAAUGAACGACAUUCUUGCACAGGUUGCAACAAACACAGAGACAAGUAAAAACGUAGGCAAUGCAAUCCUGUAUGAGACUGUACUCACAAUAAUGGAUAUCAAGUCUGAAAGUGGACUGAGGGUCUUGGCCAUUAACAUACUAGGUCGCUUCCUUCUUAACAAUGACAAAAACAUAAGAUACGUGGCAUUGACAUCCCUACUAAAAACAGUACAGACAGACCAUAAUGCAGUGCAGAGGCAUCGGAGCACCAUUGUGGAUUGUUUAAAAGACCUGGACGUGUCCAUCAAGAGACGUGCGAUGGAACUGAGCUUCGCCCUGGUGAACGGCAACAAUAUUCGAGGCAUGAUGAAGGAGCUGCUCUACUUCCUGGACUCCUGUGACCCGGAAUUCAAAGCAGACUGUGCAUCAGGAGUCUUUCUAGCUGCAGAGAAGUAUGCCCCUUCCAAAAGAUGGCACAUAGACACCAUUAUGAGAGUCUUGACAACAGCAGGAAGCUAUGUGCGAGAUGAUUCCGUUCCCAACCUCAUCCAGCUCAUCACUAACAGUGUGGAGAUGCAUGCCUACACAGUACAGAGACUCUACAAAGCGCUGCUUGAUGACAUCUCACAGCAACCUCUAGUGCAGGUGGCGUCCUGGUGCAUAGGAGAGUACGGGGACCUGCUAGUGUCUGGACAGUGUGAGGAGGAGGAGCCCAUCCAGGUGACUGAGGAUGAAGUUCUGGAUGUGCUGGAAGGCCUCCUGGUGUCCAACUUGUCCACACCUGUGACCCGGGGUUAUUCCCUUACUGCCAUCAUGAAGCUGUCUACUCGCUUCAGCAGUGUUAACCGAAUCAAGAAGGUGGUUUCCAUAUAUGGCAGUAGCAUCGAUGUGGAGCUUCAGCAGAGAGCUGUGGAGUACAACGCGCUUUUCAAGAAAUACGACCACAUGAGGCCAGCUCUCCUCGAGCGAAUGCCCAUUAUGGAGAAAACUGCUACUAAUGGCCCCACAGAGAUUGUACAGACAAAUGGGGAGGCAGAGCCCUCUGCUGUGGAACUAAAGCAUCCACCACCUGUCACCCAGCCAGCCAACCAGGCUAAUGAUUUAUUAGACUUGCUUGGUGGCAAUGAUGUGGUGCCGGUAAUCCAGACCACGAUGCCCACCAAGCCAGCCUCAUCUGGAGGAGAGCUGCUUGAUCUGCUGGGUGACCUCUCGCUAAGUGGAGGUCCAGCCCCUGCUCCUGCUCCCUCUGUGCCCACUUCCCAACCCUCUUUCCUCUUGGAUGGCCUCUCCUCCCAGCCCCUGUUUAAUGACAUUGCAGCUGCAGGUAUUCCUCCGAUGACGGCAUACAACAAGAAUGGUCUGAAAAUAGACUUCACAUUUGAGAGAGCUAACCCCAAUCCAAACAUCGCAGUCAUCACCAUCCAUGCUUCCAACUCAACAGAGGCAGAUAUGACAGACUUUGUUUUUCAGGCUGCAGUACCAAAGACAUUCCAGCUGCAGCUCCUUUCCCCUAGCAGCAAUGUUGUCCCAGCACUCAACCAGGGAACUGUCACACAGGUCAUCAGAGUCCUCAACCCACAGAAGCAACAGCUACGAAUGAGGAUCAAGCUGACGUACACCCACAAAGGCUCGCCUGUGCAAGACCUGGCUGAGGUUAAUAACUUCCCCCCUCAGUCCUGGCAGUGAUGAGCUGCUUCUGUUGCUCUUAAAAGCCCCCCCCCCCCCACCAAGGGAACUAUGAAAACGAUUUUCCUUUCACCUCCCUCCUUUCUUCCAACGGAUCCCCCUGUGACGUCACUGCAGACCGCUGCCCUUGAGUUGCAUGGGAAGCAGCAGAGCAUCUAACACAGGAGAAAAAUACAGAUGUUACGACGACCCUAUUGACUAUUGACAUCACCAGAAUAAUUGGGAAAACAUAUCAAUCAAUGAACUUUCUCUUUUCUUUCUUAAUUGGUUUCCAUGAUCUCUUUGCUUAUUAGUACUAUUUUUCACAUACACCCUCCACCCAGCACCAUUACCACCCACAAAAGCACAUAUGCACACCAUUCACUGUGGUACGCUUUACCACUCAAAUCACUGUAGAGAAAACGUGUUGCUCAUUACGAGCACUGCAGUAACCAUAGUUUUAUUUUAAAUUAUAAUUAAACUAAAAUGCUGUUGAAAAACUUUGGUCCAUGGAUAUUCAUGAUUGGCUUUGCAUUCAGACUUUUUGUAUGAACCUUCGGUCCUAUGAUGGCAGCAGUAAAAGCUUUGAAAGGUCUAUUUAGUGUAUUCACAAGCUUCUUGGAUAACCCCUUUUUUGACCCUCCAUAUCAUGAAUGAUAUAACUUGUCAGAGAGUUGUAUUCAUUUUGAAUUACAUUAAUUUGCUUAAAGCAUGUUUGAACAUUGUUAGGAUCACAAUCACACCUUGACUCAAGCUUGGAGGGAAUUUCCGGUUCUGGUAGUAGAUCUCUUUAUCCUAUGUUUCUAUAGGAAGUAGUCUACAUUUGUUUUGUCACAAUGAUAAGAGCAUGAACAGAUCCAGCAUGCCCAGUUUGAUCACCUGUGGGCAGCUUCAGAGAACGUGCUCAGACUUUCCCACACAGGUCUCCUGAAGUCAUCUCAUCUGUAGCUUUAGUUUUAGAUGUGUAUAUUAAAUUCAACGGUUAAUUGCUUUGCAUAGUCUGAGGAUGUUCAUUCAUUAGGAUGGAUAUAAUCCAAGCCUGACAUCGAUCUGAAGACAAGUUGAUUGCAUUUGUGUUGGGGAUCUAUGUUUAAACCUUUCUUGCAUCUGUGUCCUCACAGUCUAGCUCGCAAUUUAGAUACAUCUCGGAUUUGUUUAACCUGGUUGAACUUAGUCACCAUGCACAUACAUGUAAAUGAAGCUUGUUAUGAAUGUAGUUACAUGCACUGAAUGCUUUUUUUUUUUUUUCCCUCAAGUCUUCUUUUUCAUGGCUGUCUUCUGUGAUGGGGACACUCAUCUUAUUGGCACUAUUUUUGUGAAACUGUUUUAUUUCUGCAGUAAUUUGACUUAAUUAUUUAUGCCUGAUAUCAAAGUGAUGUGCCUUUCUGACUUAGCUAGAUAAAAGCCCCUGAACUAUUGAGUUCUGUAUGAGCUUUGUUUUGUAAGUCUGCUUGUGUGCUGAUCGUGUUUUCAAUCUGAGAGAAGUGGUUCUGAUGGAUUUGAACUGGUAUAUCACUUCAUUCAAUAAGUUUUUGCUUUUUUCAAUUCUAUAUCUCAUAAUGAAUUAAUUGUAGUUACCCACUAAUACUGACCUACCCGGAUGUCUUCAGAAAUGUCAUUUUUGUCUUAGUCUUGACAAAAACUUAAGGAAUACCUACACAAUCCUGACCAUUUUCCCCUAUACUGUGUGGCAGACUGUCCAUUAAAAAUGCCUGUUGGAGUCCUAAAAACAAAGCAAAUCUCAAAGACUGUGGCAGCUAAUAGAUGUAAACUUUUCAUAAGCUGGCAUCAAGGUUUAAAAGUGUUUUAAAAAAAAAAAAAAAAAAAAGUAUAAAUGUUCUACUGAAGUGAAAUGUCAUUAAGAUUUCCCUCCCGUCAACAAACUUUGAAGUGUGAGUUCGGAUCACCUGGAGAGGUAGAAUAGAAUAGAAUAGAAUGCCUUUUAUUGUAUAGGUACUGGGACAGGUUGUUCUGUGGUGACUGUUCGUAUGAUUUCUGGGCUCUCAUCGUCUCCAAAUCAGAAUUCUGACCAUGCUGUCGGGGACAGUAACCUUAUUACCUCACAAUGUUCUCUCUUUCUGUUAACUUUCAGUGGCAGUAGAUUGACAGCUUUGUUUAGUCAUGAAUUUGCAAUCAAGAGGAGCAUCUACAUGUGAGAAACUAAUGGUAGUUUGUACAUCUCAUUACCUAACGAGCUUAGCAGCCCUACGAUGCUGUGUUGAGAUCCUCAGAUGUUCAAUCAGGCUGUAUACUUCUUUUCACUAUGCUUCACACUAUCUUCUAACUUCUGUGACCAAAUCAGAGAGACUAUUAGCUUUGGAAAUAUUUUUGAGCUAUGAUAUGUGUAUAUGGAGAAAAUUAUUUCAGUUUAACUUUUUUUUCUGUUGUUGACAAAUGCUAUAUUGGCUUUUUUUCUGUACAUAUUGAGGGCUUUUACAAUUUUGUCUCUUGUACUAUCUUUCAUCCUUUUUUUAGAUACCAUUUUCUAAAAAAAAAUUCCAAUUAUUCACAAUGUAUAUUGUCUAAAUAGAGCUAGUCAGCAUUAGUCUAUUAAGACUUCCCUGUAUCAUCACUCAUUCACUGUAAAAGAUAUAUGAUCUGCUGCCUGUACAUUGUAUAUAGUUGUAAAACAAACUAAAGCUGAUCAAAUUAAAUAAAACCCACAUGAAGACUUAAAAGAUUAGCUAGGAAGAAUAAUUGUAUGCAUAUAUGUACAAAACAGAAUCUUAAAAGGGUGCAAUUGAGCUGCAUUUGAUUUACUAUUCUUCAUCAGAUGUGUCAUCGUUACUUCUUGUACAAAGAUAGUUGGUUAGUCCUUAGACUACUUGAUGGGGUUCCUUUUGGACGUUGAGAUAAGGGUUGAGUCUGUCUUUACAGAUGCUGUCUCAAUGACGUACUGUACUACUGAGAAACCUAAGCACAGUGCUGCACAGCGGCAGAAGUGGCACCUUACUUCAUCUGCUUCCCUGCCCCGCAAACACCUCAUGUAUCUAUGCCCUCCUUUGAAGAGGAACAGGCUUCUUGCUAAGAUAUAACUCUUCCCUCUGGCCUUAUGUGUGGUUUAGUGUUCUACGCUCUGGACAGUUCACAUCACUUAAACCUUCUACCUACAAACAGAUCUGUGAAAUGAUGCCCCUUGGUUUUUGGCGUGUUUGCUCUCAUUGGUUGCCUGGUUAUCUUUUUGUCUGCCAUGUAGCACCUUCCUAAAAGCGUCAUGUCUCAACCAAGCAAGGCCAUUACUAGUGCCACACAAGGAGGGUUUUAACAAUACUGAUAUAUAUUGUUUCCCUUUAUGGCCAGUAGGUUUAAGUUGGAAUAGAGUUUUAUCAGGACAAGAGCUGAUUCAUUUUUCUUUUGUGUGUGUGUGUGUGUGUGUGUCCAAAGUGGAUCCAGAAAUGUAUGUUGGAGCAGCAGCACCCUUCCCUGGGUCUGAGCUGUAUAGGGCUUUCUUUUGGCUUCCUUUCUUUCCUUUCGUCCCUGAUCGCUGGGGUUAUUUGCCUCUGCAUGGCACAUCUUUCAGCUUCUCUUUACAGUCUCUAAUAUGAAAGGUGGGGCUGCAACCCAUCAUGUCAGAUUAAUCUGAGCCCUCACUAUUUUGGCAGGAAAUGAGGGAAGAAGGCAGUGGAUCAGUUCUUUUUCACUUAAGAUCUUUUUGAUUUUGUGUUUUUCGGAGCACUGUUUUUACCAUCCCCAAAACAAACCUGGGACAAGCCUGUGCCACAAGCUAAUAACCACAAGGGGGAGCUGUGCAAAACGGAAGGCUGACGGGAUGGGAAAGGAAGUUUCAUGCAUCUAUUCCUGAAUGUUUAUGUUGGUGUUGUUUGUAUUGUCUUAUUCAACCAGUAUGUACCCUUGUUAAUCACAUCCGAUCAGUUCUUUCAAUGAUACCGUAAUCCAUGCAGUUUUAUAUGUACAAAUGGAAAUGAACCCAACAUAAGUGCUUUGGACAGUGUAACUUAAAUGGACGAAAAGAGACGGAAACAAAUACCUAUCAGCGGUGUGAUCAGCGUUUGAAGUUAUAUUACUCUGUGUGUGUGUGUGUGUGUGUGUGAGAGAGAGAGAGAGAGAGAGAGAGAGAGAGAGAGAGUGCGAAUGAGAGAGAGAGAAAUAACCAUGUCUGAGAGACGGUGUGUGACAUGUCUUUUAUCUAGAUAGGACAUGAUUUUUUUUUGGCUGCAAUUUCAACUUUCAGCUUCUGAGCUGCAUGUGGAAAAAAAAAUAACAGUGUAAAUAAUGUCAUUUCUACUCUUGACCUGAGAUUCUUUUUGAAAUGCAAGAAAAGUUCAAAUUAUAAAAUCUGUCACACCACCUUCAUGGGUCAGGACUAACAUGUACAGUAGGAAGUUGUUGAGAUAGUGCUCACAGUACUGUUAAUGUUUUUAAGAGGCUGCUGAAAGCGCACGUCCAUCGUUUGGAUUAAUUGGAUAAUUGAUUUUUGUGUUUUUAUUUGUUGGGGGUGAAUUCAGUGUGUAAAGGGCUUGGGAGAACAUCUGGAGUAUCACCAUGUUCACUUUUCUUGUUUAAUCAAAUAAAAAUGCAUCCAUUGUAUUUUGAAAACAAAAUCUGUUUGUAACCCCCCAGGCCUGUCCUGACUGUAAAACAAUAUGGUAUCUGAUUAGUUGGGGCGGGGGAGGGGGAAGGUGGAGGCAUGAGGUUCACUUUUUCCAGUCAAGUUUGACAUGAUGAACUGAACCCCAGUUCCAUGGCUUCAAGGUGAGUGUGAAUGUUAGACUGAAAGUAUGAAAUGAUGAUUACAGAUGAAAAGUUGUAAACUAUUAAAUGGGAUAUUUUCAAUUUAUGCUGUGUAUUCUUGUCUUUGGGUUGGAGAAAAUGAUCAAGCGAAUAAAGAUUCAAAUAAAAAUCUA